CCAUUAUUUUGUGUGCUCUCUAUUGUGUGGUAAUUUUUAUGUGCUCUCCCUGCCCAGAUGUGAAAAUUCCCAAGGAAUAGUGCAUUUAAUCGGCUAAAGUGGCGUUGAAACAGCGACAAUAAUGUGUGCCCCACGUAAUUUAUGUGUUAGUUGCGCUAAGGAAUCGCUCUCUGUGACACAAUCGAUGAUACAAAAAUAAAACACAACAAUUUGGGAAGAGAUACGAUUGGGUGCCGCUGAAGAUUAGAAUUGCAUCGGGUUUCGCGAGGGAAAGAGAACAGCACCAAAUUGCCAUAGGGAGUGUGUUGGUGUUGGAGGAGGGGGCUCUUGAACCCGCGUGUUGGACCACUUUUCUGUGUGACGCGCAAUGGACGGACUCAGGGCACUGGACCUCCUUCCGCUGCUCCAGGAUAAGCUGGCCAUCUUGCCAGGGAGCCGCGAUAAUCGUGGUGGACCCAUUAUUUGCUUCCCCAGCUCCACAAGGCGCGACAGAGCCAAGCUGGAGGACUGGCGACGACUUCUCAGCUAUUUGAUUGGAAUACCAAAUGAUGAAGCAAGAUCGAUUGGAUUUACGAUCGUGAUUGACAAUCGUGGCAGUGGAAGUUCAUCCGGGAGUCUCAAGUCUAUCUUCAAGACACUCCAGGAGAAUUUUGUCACGGGCGUUGUGCACCAGGUGGUCAUUAUAAAGUCCGAUAACUUCUGGCAGAAGCAACGAUCCUCCAUAUCGAGUCACAAAUACAAAUUUGAAACAAUCUCAAUUUCAUUGGAAUCUCUGGGGAAGAUUAUUGAUUCGUCCCAGGUGACGGCAGAUCUUGAUGGGACAUUUCAGUAUGAUCAUAAUAAUUGGAUUGAUACGCGUCUGGAGCUGGAGGAAUUUCUCUGGCAGGCGAGUGAUCUGCUUGAUCGCAUUGAUGAUCUGCAGGAAGAUGUGUCACGGUGUGAAUUUGCCGAAGAUGCCAAUGGGGCACUAAUGGAGCUUGAUCAUCACAAAGAUAUGAUGAAGAAGAAGAUAACAAAGCUCCCCCUGGAGGAACUUGAUCUCCAGGGGAAGCGUCUUCUUGCCAAACUCAAUGCGGAUGUAGGUCAAAGUGGGAGUGGGAGUUCAGCGGAUGAUUCAGCAUCACAUGCAUCGAAUAGUAACAAUACUCAUGCACUCAAUGGAUCUCAUGGGAAUCCCGAUCGUAUUGCGGCUGUUAAUCAAAUUCUGCAGCAACUUGAGGGGGUACACAGUGCUCAGCAGUAUCUUCUGACAAUGUGGCAACAGCGGAAGAAUAAGUUGGAUCAGUGCUUUCAGCUGAAACUCUUUGAGCAGGAUUGUGAGAAGAUGUUCGAUUGGAUUCUCCACAAUCGGGAUAUUUUCCAAAUGAGCUACGUGGAGAUUGGGCAUAACUAUGCCGUGGCGAAGAAUCUUCAGGAUGAACAUCAAAAAUUUGCCGUUGCAUCGAUGAAUGUUUGCGUGAAUAUUAAUCGAAUUCUCGCUGUUGCGGGUAAACUAAUUGAGGGCAAUCACUAUGCAGCUCAGCAUAUUCGUACAGUGGCGAGUCGCCUUGAUCGGACAUGGAAGGAUUUUGCAGCGGGAUUGGAUGAGAGAACGGCCGUACUUGCGCUCAGUGUUAUCUUUCAUCACAAAGCUGAGCAGUACUGUGAUAAUGUACCAUCGUGGGCGUCGGCAUGUGAAGCGGGGCAACAGCUACCGCUUGAUAUACAGAGUCUCGAAAAUAUCGUUUGUACCCAUCAGAAUCUCUAUGAAUCCAUGUGCCAGGCCUACACGGAAGUGCAUUCAACGAGUAAGAAGCUCCUCUAUCAGUUGGAUCAUCUUGUGCAGGUGUGCAAUCAACCACCACCGCCGGGAGUGCCGGAACACAAGAAAUCCGACGGAUCAACCUAUGGCCCCGGGAAUCCAGCGGCGGACUACAGCGAGGGGGCUUCACACGUCCUUGCGGUGAUUCAUCAAAUUCUCGGACAUCACCGGGCCCUGGAAGCUAAAUGGCACGCAGGGAAGGUGCGUUUGCAUCAAACACUCGCACUGCGCCUCUUCCAGGAGGACGUGAAGCAAGUUCUUGAUUGGCUGGAGAAUCACGGUGAGGUAUUCCUGCGGAAGAAUACGGGAAUUGGGAAGAAUUUGCAAAAGGCACGUGUCUACCAGAAAUCUCAUGAGCAUUUUGAGAAUGUUGCCCAGAACACCUAUAGCAAUGCGGAGAAACUCCUCUCGGCUGCGGAUGAAUUGGCACGAUCCGGUGAAGUCGUGCCCAAUGAGAUUUACACCGUAACUCGCGAACUUGAAACCCAUGUGGCGUCAUUUGCUAGUCGUGUGGAACAACGGAGGAGACGUCUCGAAUUGGCCGUGCUAUUCUACACUCAUGACAAGGAGAUCUGCAAUUGGGUCGUUCAGCUGCGGAAUGACAUCCAAGCCAGCGAUAGUCUCCUUCCGGAGGAGAAUCUCUCCUCAACUGAGCGCCUCCUGCAGCAGUGUCAGGACCAGAAGAGUCACACGCUGACAAUUUGUGAUCAAACAAUUGCCCAGGGGGAGGCACUACUGCAGGAACUUCGUGCCACGGAGGAAAUGGAUCCCAGUGGUUCCGUUAAUGCCAUCGAAAGUACCAUCGAGAAUUUGUCAAAGCAACGAAUUGAGCUCGAGGAACUCUGGUCAGCACGAAAGAUGCGUCUGGAUCUCUUCCUACGGCUCCGACUCUUCGAAAGGGAUGCUCUUGAGAUAUCCUCACAACUGGAGAUUUGGGCGGAAGAAUUGCAACAUACGGAGCUCUCAAUGGACUACCAGAAGGCUGAACAAUUGCUAAGGAUGCACAAUGAGUUGGUGAAUCAAAUGCAGAGUACGGUAUUUGAUAUUCUGCAGCAGGGUCAGGAACUUUUUCAGAUUUUCGAAUCAGCUGGGUUCAUUAUAAUGGCCGAUGGGACGAAUACGGCUCAGGCGAGGAUUCAGUAUUUAAUUGAAUUUCUGCAUGAUCGUGAAUUGGAUUUGGAGGACUUGGGGGAGGUGAAGAGGGCAAAGCUGGAGCAAGCUGUGCAGCUGUGUCAGUUUAAGAAUGAUGCCAAUCAGGUGAUUUCGUGGAUAAGGAAUGGCGAAGCAAUGCUCGUGGCGAGUUUUACAAUCCCGAAGAAUCUGCAGGAGGCUGAGCACUUGCGGAAGGAGCAUGAACAAUUUCAGAUGGCCAUUGAGAAGACACACACUUCGGCUGUGCAGGUGAAGUACCGUGCGGAUGCCCUGAUAAAUGCCAAUCACUACGAUCCAAAGGGGAUAAGGGAUAUUUCGGAGGAGGUGACGAAGAAGUGGCAGAAAUUGGUCACGUUCGCUGAGGAGCGACAUAAACUCGUUACGGCAUCGAUUAAUUUCUUCAAGACGGCCGAACAGGUGUGUACAGUGCUGGAUAGUUUGGAGCGAGAGUACCGGAGGGAUGAGGAUUGGUGCGGAAGUGGUGGGAGUAGCGAUAAGGCACAAACAGUGGCGCAUCUCAUUGCGAAGCAUCAAGAGCAGAAGGAGGCCUUCCUGAAGGCAUGUACCCUAGCCCGGCGUACGGCAGAGACAUUCCUCAAGUACACAUCACGAUCCCUGCAGUACUAUGACUAUCAGGGAUCGGGAACAAGUGAGGCGCGCGUCAAGCAAAUCCUUGAUAAAUUACUAACGCAGGAGAAUCAAGUUUUGGAAUUUUGGACGCAGCGUAAGAAGCGUUUGGAUCAGUGUCAGCAAUUUGUGUUGUUUGAACGAUCAGCAAAGCAGGCAAUUGAGUGGAUUCACAACACCGGAGAGGCGUACUUGUCUUCCCGGACGAAUGCAGUUGGGAAGAACCCCGAGGAGACGGAUGCCCUGCUGAAGGAGCACAAUGACUUCAAGGGAACGGCCAAGGAGACGCGUGAACGUGUUAAGUUGCUCAUUCAGCUGGCUGAUAGUCUCGUGGAGAAGGGGCAUGCCCAUGCGGCAUCAAUUAAGCAAUGGGUGGCAGCUGUGGAUAAUCGCUACAAGGAUUUCAGUGGACGCAUGGAUGCCUAUCGGGCACACCUGGAGAAAUCUCUGGGGAUCCCAGCGCAAAUUCAGGAAGAUCAAAAUUCUCUCAGUUCAUCGAAUUCUUCCGGGAUGCCAGGAGAUCGGCAUUCGGAUCCAUCACUCGAAACAAAACUCAAUGCUGCUUCGGCACAGCCUGGUGCGAAGGAACUCAAUGAGGAUAAACGCAAAUCAGCACGAAGGAAGGAAUUCAUAAUGGCAGAACUAAUGCAAACUGAGAGGACUUAUGUGAAGGAUUUGGAGAUUUGCAUAAAGUACUUUAUGCGUGAAAUGGAAUCCGGAAGCAAUGUCCCGCAGGGUUUGGUGGGGAAGAAGGAUGUCCUCUUUGGGAAUAUGGAGGAAAUUUGGAAGUUUCACGAACAGAUUUUCCUGAAAGAAUUGGAAAAGUACGAAACAAUGCCCGAAGAUGUGGGUCAUUGCUUUGUAACGUGGGCACUGAAAUUCGACAUGUACGUGCAUUAUUGCAAAAAUAAACCUCUCUCGAAUAAUCUAAUGGUUCAGCAUGGUGGGACGUACUUUGAGGAUAUUCAGAAGAAGCACAAAAUUGAGCAUCCCCUCGCGGCGUUUCUCAUAAAGCCCGUGCAGAGGAUCACAAAGUACCAGCUGCUGCUGAAGGAUCUUCAAUCGUGCUGCGAAGAGGGACAGGGGGAGAUUCGCGAUGGGCUCGAAGUGAUGCUGAAUGUGCCCAAGAAGGCCAAUGAUGCAAUGCACUUGUCCCUCCUGGAGCAGUGUGAUGUGAAGAUUGAUAGUUUGGGGGAGGUUGUGCUGCAGGAUUCCUUCCUUGCGUGGGACAAUAAGCAAAUAAUUCGCAAAGGAAGGGAACGGCAUGUUUUUCUCUUUGAAUUGUACGUCCUCCUGGCUAAGGAGACAAAGGAUUCCAAUGGGGUCGUCAAGUAUCAGUACAAGAUGAAACUUAUGACUUCCGAACUCGGUGUAACGGAACACAUUGAGGGGGAUGAGACAAAGUUUGCCGUAUGGACAGGAAGAGCCCCCAUGGUGGCGGAUUUUCGUGUUGUCCUAAAAGCUCACAAUUUGGAAACGAAGCAGACAUGGGUAAAGAAAUUGAGAGAAGUAAUCCAGGAGACAUACUUCUCAGCUGCAUCACUCACAUUCCCCAAAUCCCCGGCAAAGACAACGGCAAAAGCAACGUCUUCGCAACGAUCAUCGCGGGAUUUGGAUGAAGCACUCGCGGAGAAUGACAACGACGGCAGCUCUCUGGCUAGUUUUGGUUCCGGAAAUACCACCGAUAGUGACAAGGUGGGAACAGUGGAGAUGACAUGGGUGAUAUCGGACUACACAGCAACGGCAGGGAGUGGUGAGUUGUCCGUGACGAAGGGGCAGCAAGUUGAGGUACUCGAAUUGAGUACAACACAACCCGAUUUCUGCUUAGUACGUCUCAAUGGGUCUGGAAAGAAUCCUCAGGAGGGUCUUGUACCACUUUCCAUUCUCAAACCACCACCAACACUCAGUAAGACGAGUCCUAGACGAAAUGUCGAUGGUGAUCAGCAAUCUCAAUCAGCAGCAGCAGUUGCCGAAGCAGCUGGGGGAGCAGUGAGUGAAAAUAAUACAACUAGUACAGCUUCACCGGUCAAUAAACGACGUGGGCGUAAAUGGUUACCACCACCACUACGGAAACUAUCGCAGGGUAAAGUGGAUAAACCAACGGAUAGGCCAUUGAUAAAGAAGGGAUCGGAUAAGCGAUUUAAAUUACCAUCUGAUAAGGCAACAGCGGAUGAGGAGCCACAAUUGCCAACAUCACCAUUGCAAAUCCCACCGACGCACGGAGAAGUGGAGGCCGAGGAGGAGCCAACGUUGGAACUUCCACCACCUAUGAAACCCAUACAAGAUCCCACAGUGGUGGUCAAUUCAACGGCACCUAGCUCCGCAACGGCGGAUAAUUCCACGCUAAAGAACAUCGAUGUCUGCCCACCGGCGGAUCUCACGGAAAUUGAGAGAAUUUUCAAAGAGAAAAUGCAACAGCAUGAAGGAAAAUCAAAAGGCUUAGACACACUGACAUCAAUUGAUGAGAAUUCAGCACCAGUUGGUGAGGAAGGACAAGAUGAGACAGCGGAUGAGACGGCAGGAAGUGAGAAUACCGUGGAAAAUGCACUGAGGAAGAGAAAUUACGCUCUCAAGGAGUUAAUAGCAACCGAGGAGAAAUAUAUUGAAGACUUAGCUCUUAUUGUUGAAGGGUACAUUCCGGAGAUAAGAAAUCCAAAUAGUGACAUUGUAAUUCCUGAAGAUUUAAAAUGCGGAAAGGAGAGGAUGGUUUUUGGGAAUAUUGAGGCAAUAUACGAGUGGCAUAGAGAUUACUUCCUGAAGCAACUUCAACCGUGUGUGACGCACCCAGCAAAGCUAGGACCUCUUAUUGAGAAGAGUAAAAUAAAAUUAAGAAUGUAUAUAGUUUAUUGUCAGAAUAAGCCAGUAUCUGAACAUAUCGUUGCUGAGCAUCAAACAUACUUUGAGGAAAUUCGGCUGAAGUUGAAGCAUAAAUUAGUGAUAAAUGACCUUCUGAUAAAGCCUGUUCAGCGAUUAAUGAAGUACGAGUUGAUUCUCAAGGAUGUCCUGAAGCAAACGGAAAAGGCAGGUCUUCAAGAGGAAUGCACAAGUUUGCAGCAGGCUAUCAAUGUUAUGAAUGUGAUUCCAAAAGAGGCCAAUGAUAUGAUGGAUGUGGGGAGGCUGCAGAAUUUUGAAGGAAAAAUCACAGCUCAAGGAAAUUUACUACUUCAUGGUCCACUUUUGUGUAUUGAAUGCAAUAAUGGUGCAAGUUCAGAUAGGAAUUCCAGUACAACGCAAAAACCGAAGGAACUUCAGGUGUUUCUCUUUGAUCAGAGUAUUAUAUUUUCUGAGAUAUCCGGUAGGAAGACACAAUUCACAAAUCCCGGUUACAUCUAUAAAAUUCACAUACAACUCAAUAAGAUGAUUCUGAAGGAUAUCUCAAAUGCCAGUGGUGAUAAAUUCCUGAUAAGGUCAACGGAUCACAAGCGACAGGGUGUGGGGUACAUUUGUACAGCAGCCACGGGUGAAAUGCACAAAAAGUGGUAUAACAAGAUAUCGGAAAUAAUAAGAAAUCAGAGUGAUUUUGCCAAUGCCAUUCAGCGACCCAUAGACUACCAGAAGGAGCUCAAUAAGAAUUCUCCUAAAUCAUCUACACCUGAUUGUCUUCAUCCACUCACGGGGAAAUCCCACAGUCAGCCACUCUUCUCCCUGUCAGCAGCAGCAGCAGCACGCCAGGAUGCACCGCGGCUGGACAAUAGACGCACAAAUGAGGUGAAUUCCAACAACGUGACGGAUUCGCGACUUUCACGGGAAUUUGUGCAUUCAAUGUCCCUCAAUGAUGCUGCAUCUCCGGGUGUUGUGGUGCAGAUAAAUCGCAGUGGACGCACGGAGAUUGUGUCACGUAGUCAGGAUGUUACGGUGCAGGAGGGAAUGUCGGCGAUACUGAGUUGUCGUUUGCGAAAUCAUCAGUACACGAAGAUUACGUGGCGCAAAACGGAACCGGAUGCCUUUGUGGUGCGUCAGGAUGAGAAGUUUGAUGUUUCAAUGGCACCCAAUGGGGAAGCGAGGUUGAUUGUGAAGAAUACCCGGGCAUCCGAUAGUGGGUUGUAUGUGUGCUACGUGGAGAAUAGCCUGCAUCAGUCGCAGAAUCUGCAGUGCACCAUUGGGCUGAGUGUUGUGGCGUCUCCAACACCCAUUCACGAUGAUCCCAUUCUGAGUAUUGUCAAUUCCACAACGGUCAAGAUUACGUGGAGUCCACCGAAUCCGUGUAUUGUGGAGUACUGCCAAAUUGGGAGCUCUGACUGGGUGACGGAGACAAAGGCACCCGUUCUGCCGAGCUAUGAAGUUGGGAACCUCCUAGCCGGUGAGACGUACUCCUUUCGCCUUGUGAACCCAACAACAGGACUCACGGGAGUUUCCAGUCUCUCCGUUACCCUACCCACGAAUGAUAUGGAACUGUGGCAGCAGCAACAUUUCUCUCAUCGCUACACAAUUGUCUCUGAGUUGGGACGUGGGAAAUCCUCUGUGGUUCGCCUGGCAAGAGACACAGGAACGGGGCAAUUGGUGGCAUCGAAGCAAAUCUCCCGGAACUUCCAAUCUUUUGCACAAACUCAAGCUGAAUACAAAGUUAUUGCGGCCAUUCAGCACACAAAUAUCGUCAAGGGGCUCUGUCUGUACCAAAAUGCCCCCCAUCCGGGGACUGAUACCAUCGUUAUGGAGUACGUACACGGUCCAUACCUCCUUUCGUACAUUUGCAAAAAUGAAGAGUACACCGAAACAACCGUUCAGUUCUUCAUGAAGCAACUUCUGCACGGAAUCUCCUGGCUGCAUUCACGAAAAAUCCUCCAUUUGGACAUUAAGUCGGAAAAUAUUCUCGUGGAUGUGAGCAACAUCUACUCUCCUGUGCUGAAAAUUAUUGAUUUCGGCAAUCACGUCCGCUACGAACUUGGUGAGAAGGUUCCAGCGAAUAAUUUAGAAUUUGUAGCACCAGAAGUGGUUGCCGAUAAGCCACUUAGUGGUGGCACAGAUAUGUGGAGUGUGGGUGUCUUCCUGUAUGUUUUCCUAAGUGGCGUUUCACCAUUUCUCGAUGAUUCCGAGGAGGAAACCAGCGCAAAUAUCCUCAAGGGGGACUAUUGCUUCCCCGAAGACUACUUCAGGGGUAUAUCAGCUGAAGCGAUUGUUUUUGUGCAGAAACUCCUUGUUCUCAAUCCCGAAGAACGUCUCACGGUGGAUCAGUGUCUAGCAGCACCAUGGAUUGUUCAGAAUCUUCGCGUUUCCGUGAUUACAACAUCGAGAUUGCAAAAUUUCGUAGAUCGACGGACGCCUAAAGUUAAUUUUGCUGUUCCUACGAGUAAAUUCUACGUCAAUUAGCAUUAAUCCUCCGCAUUCAUAUUAUGUGGUUUACACAAGGAUAGCCAGGCACCAUUUCCUGCGCAUCUGGACAAUAUACAUACAUACAUAUAUAUUUUUAUAUCAUAAAAUGUUCUUGGCUGUGUCAAAAUGAUCAAUAAAUUGUAUUAUUUCA